AUGAUCUCGAGUUGUGGUUUGCUGUCUUUAGCCCGUAACGUGCGCAGCCAGCGCUUCAAAUACCUUUACGUGUUAGAGGCGAUCCCUGGAGACCGAAUAUCCACCAUUGAGGAUAUCAUCCUUAAACCACCGGAAGUUAACGCGUACGACGUUCUGAAGGCUGUGAUCCUUCAGUUCUACUCCCCCUCUAACGAGGAGCGGUUGCGCCAGUUACUGACUCGUCACCCGAUUGGUGACACGACGCCAAGCAUGCAUUUGGUACGUCUAUGCAUGUCAGUCUGCCCAGCAAACGCCCAAUCUGACAUCGUCAAGGAGAUGCGGCUCGAGUCUUUACCACUUCACAUCCAACCGACGGUAACGGCGUUGCUAGAGAACGCCUCGAUCGUCAAAGCUGCAGCAAUUUGCCAACAAAAUGGUUACACAUGUCGAUAG